UUUAUCCAUAUUAAACCUAUUAAACCCAAAUUGCAAGGGGCACAAAAAAACAAACCCUAUGAACCCCAAAUCCAUUUUCCUUAAACCGUAACAAUCAUCUCUUUGUCUUCAACAUCGGCCCAAGCCAUUCGCGACAUUCCCGUCCAACCCGAUGACCCAAACCCCCGUCCCGAAGACUUCACCCUAAUUUCUAUGAAAAUUUACGAAAAUAAAAAUGCUUAUUAAAUUUGGUAAUUUAGUAAAGAUAAAAUUUUUUUUAGUAAAGAUAAAAAAAAAGGUAAAUAAAUCCGUGCGGUUAGGGUAAUUCAACGACGGCGGUGGGUCAUCAUCUUCCCCAUUUUUAUACUGAAACGCUACUUGAAGGUCUAUUUUCCGGCAAUGGAGUAUGUGUACUCUUCUCCUGCUAAACGGAGAAAGAUUUCACAUGCAAAUGAUCAACAAAUGUUACUCAACAAGAAUGAAGAUAACAUGAUUUUGGGGUCUUCUAGUGGGGAUGAUGCUCAAUCUCAUUUUAGAAAAAAGCUUCUUGUUCUUGAUGUAAAUGGGCUGCUUGUUGAUAUUGUAGCAGACCCCCCAGAUGAAGCCCACAAACCAGACACAAGAAUAGCUCAAAAAGCAGUGUUUAAGAGACCAUUUUGUGAUGAGUUUUUGGAAUUUUGCUUUCAGAGGUUUAGUGUAGGAGUUUGGACAUCAAGAACAAGAAAGAAUAUAAACCGAGUUCUUGACUUCCUCAUGAGGGACACUCAACGUCAAUUGCUUUUCUGUUGGGAUCAAUCUCACUGCACAGACACCGGUUUCAAUACUAUUGAGAACUCCGGCAAACCGUUGCUAUUAAAGGAACUUAAAAAGUUAUGGGAAAAACAAGAUCCAAAUCUUCCGUGGGAUAGAGGAGCGUAUGAUGAAUCAAAUACACUGCUUUUGGAUGAUUCUCCGUACAAGGCACUACGUAAUCCUCCAUAUACCGCAAUCUUCCCCUAUACCUACAGUUACCUUGACACCCAAGAUAACGAUUUAGGACCCAAUGGCGAUCUUCGUAAUUAUCUGGAAAGGCUGGCAGCGUCUGAUAACGUCCAAACGUUUGUAGAGCAAAACCCAUUUGGUCAACAACCGAUUACACAUGAUAACGAAUCGUGGAAUUUUUACCGUAACAUCAUUUGUUCCACUCAACCAGGAGCCGGUCCUUCUCGUUCUCGAAAGAAACUUAUUGUUCUUGAUAUCGGUGGGUUGCUCGUUGAUGUUAGAAUGGCCCCACGUGAAGGCUUUAGAGAAGACACAAUGCUUGGGUCAAAAGCAGUGUUUAAGAGACCUUAUUGUGAUGAGUUCUUACAAUUUUGUUUUCAGAGAUUCAAUGUUGGUAUUUGGACAUCAGUUUUCAGAUUCAAUACAGAACGCACUGUUGACUAUCUUAUGAGAGAAAAUCAACACAAAUUGCUUUUCUGUUGGGAUCUCUCACACUGUACUGACACUGGUUUUUUUACGGUUGAGAAUAAUAGCAAAAAAUUACUUUUAAAGGAAAUUAGAAAGUUAUGGGAAAAGAAAGGUCCCGAUCUUCCAUGGGAAAUAGGAGAGUACGAUGAAUCAAAUACACUUUUAGUCGACACUAAGUCACACAGGGCUCUACUUAAUCCCCCACAUACAGCAAUCUUUCCUUACCCUUAUUGUCACUGGCAUACAGAAGACAAUUCCUUACGCGACCUUCGUAUUUAUCUGGAAAGGUUGGCGGCAUCUGAGAACGUCCAAAAAUUUGUAUCGGAAAAUUCGUUUGGCCAACGCCCCAUUAGGGAAAAGAAUCUGUCAUGGGGAUUUUAUCAAAAGAUUAUUCAUGCAUUCUCAUAUAAACGUAAAGCUGGUGAUUCAGUGAAACCUGACCCCACUAUUGCUUCUGUUACUAAAACCUUAUUGGAACCCGAACCCAUCUCUACUGCUACUUCGGCUGCCCAUACGUUACUGGAACCAGAAACGGGGACCACUACUGCUUUAGUUGGCCAAGCCUUAUCGGAACCAGAUCUCGACACGACUGCUCUGACUUCAGUGGAACAAGAAACUGUAAGUGCUACUGUUUUGACUGCUCAUACCUUAGCGGAACCACAAACUAGCACUACUGCUUUGGUGGGUCAAACCGUAUCGGAACCAGAUCUUGACACUGCUGCCCUGGCUGCUCAGACUUCGUUGGAACAAGAAACCGUAACUGCGACUGUUUUGACUGCUCCAACCUUAUUGGAACCAGAACCCGGCGCUGCUAUUGCUUUGGUUGGUGAAACCUUAUCGGAACCAGAAAUCCACACUACUGCUUCGGCUGCUUGGACUGUAUUAGAACCCGAAACUUUGUUCGUACUUAUCUUUGAAACUCUGAAGCAUUUUGUCUAUGUGAUGAGACGUGGUUACUGCACAUGUUAUGUGUUUAUUUGUAUAUAUAAUUCCCACUUUGGGUGCUGUACAUCAGAUGAUGCUCAUUCAGGCUUCACUACAUCGUGUAAAGGGGCUCUAACAAGUGACGUGGACAAUGUAACUGUUGGCACCGCACUUUCUGCUAAAAUUAAGAGUCCUUCACCAAAAAGAUCUCAUCUGCAGGAAAGUAAUUCUGUUGUGAAUCGUUCAGUUACUCGUAGCAUGAAUAAAAGAAUCGUGAAGUCGGUUAAAGACGUCUCAUGUGUCGGAUCUGAUGAUAUUCAUCAAGAUUCACCUCACGUGGAACACAAAAUAAUCGUCACAGAAAGUAAUUCUGCUUUGGAUGGUUCAGUUACUCGUAGCAGGAACAAAAGAGUUGUGAAUUCGGUAGAAGACAAUUCACGUGGGAAAAGGUUCCGAUCUUCAGAAGGUAGCAAGAAAAACACAAAAGUUUUUGUGCUUGCUUUGCAAAAAACAAGUGGGGCAGAUGAUGGCAAUAGUUGUCAGAAAAGAACGAGAAGACCACGAAAGUUAGUGGUUAAAAAACCAACUGGUGUACUAGAAGAUGGACAUGGAAUCACUACCGAUCUUGAUGAGCACCAACCUCUAUCCGUGUGGUAUGAACGGAUGCGUCGCCUUUCAGUUAUAAAGAGAAGUGAUAAAUCACGAAAUCAAACCAAUGUCGUCACCACUGACAGAACCACCAGCGACUACCAACAAGAUUGGCCGUUUAUCAAGCUGUGUCCAAUCUGGACCACCAUCGAAUCUCUCGUGUUACACCCAACACCGCCUCAAAAGCCACACUUUUCGCCAUUGAAGAAGACGAACGAGCUUUGUCGUGAGGGUUUAGCCAUUGCUCACAUGGUGACGUAUUGGAAUCUGGUUCAGAGGCUUUCAGACUUAAAACCGAAUGAUCCGGUUGACAUAAUCAACAACGGUUUGGAAGUUGCAGUCGACUUGGAGACUCAUGGGUUUGAUGUGGAAGCAAUUCGAGGUCGUUUAAAUGAGUUGCUUUAUUCUAAAUCCAAAGCAGGCCAGCGUGAGGAUACUCUUAAAGAGCUUGAAAAGUGCAAUUAUGAAAAGCAUGUAAUCGAGAAAGAGAUGGAUCGAUUAAAAGUGGAGAUGCAAAAGUUGCAAGAAAAAUGGAAAGCGAAAGAGGAAGACAUUAUGAGGUUGCAAUCGAACUCGCAUCCAGUCUCCACUGAAAUCAAUGAUUGAGAGCUUACUUUUGAAAGACUUGCAGCCACCCUUUGUAAAAGAAAAGGUCUUCUUUUGGUUUUGGAGUUGUUCUUGGUAGAUAUAUUACUAUUAACCCUCAUGUGUUCUAUGUUAAUGUGAAAAAAUCUUGUAUAUAGGUGCUUCUAGUAUGUGGAUACAACAACCCAUGAGAAUGUGCAUUAUUACUACCCCCUUGCAUA